AUGCAACACCCACAAAACACAGCAAGGUUCCUGCGCGCCAGGGACGCCGGCUCGGAUUUCAGGUUUCCGGGGUCGCGCCCUCUCAGCGCUUUUGCGAACGAGUUGGCAGAGCGGGCAACUCGGCAACCGGACACCGCCGCCCGAGAGCCCACGUCCCGGGCCACAGGGCUCGGUGGAGAGAGGCGCAUCCGAGCCGGCCGCGGGGACUCCGACCCGUCCCCGGCGCCUGCGCCGCAGGUGCUCAUCCCGGGGCCGAGUUCCGCCGGGAGCCGGACCCCGCCGCUCCCGCACGUGGCGGCCGUGAUUGUCCCCGAGCGUUGUAGUGGCAGUUCAAAUUUGGCACAUAAUCGUUCCUAUGAUGCUGAGGGCUUAAAGGAAUUAACUACAUGUCCUUUGUUUGUUUGUUGUCUUUUUGGGGGGCAGCCAAUAGAAAUAGAUAUGAUUGUAGGAAAAGACCGGGAAGGUUUCUUUACCAACGGUUUGACCCUUGGCGCGAAGAAGUGCUCAGUGAUCAGAGAUAGUCUGUACGUUGACGGCGACUGCACAAUGGACAUCCGGACAAAGAGUCAAGGUGGGGAGCCGACGUACAACGUUGCUGUCGGCAGAGCUGGCAGAGUCUUGGUCUUUGUAAUGGGAAAAGAAGGGGUCCAUGGAGGCGGAUUGAAUAAGAAGGCAUACUCAAUGGCAAAGUACUUGAGAGACUCUGGGUUCUAGCUGCUAGGCAGACUGUUAAGUAUUAGGGGAAAUUGCUCUUAAACUUUCCUAGCGGCUGUAAGCUUGAGUCUUAAAUUUGGAAAUUUUAUUAGCAAUGCAGGGUGAUGGGGUAUGAACCUGUGUCUCCUUUGUAUCCCUCUGUUGGUGGGGAAAGGUGUCUUUCUUUCUGCCCUCCCCCCUUAAAUAAUUCUGUUCACUUUUGUUUUGUUCCCCUGUGUACUCCAGCACUGGUUAUAGUCAUGGGAAAGGAAGGUGUCCACGGAGGCACACUUAACAAGAAAGCAUAUGAACUCGCUUUAUACCUGAGGAGGUCUGA